AUGCCUCGAAUACCACACUCCCUCUUGCUUCGAGCUCACGAGAUUUCCCCCUUCCUACCACUUGUCCUCCGCGCUACACGUACUCUGCCGUCCGCGCUGAACGAACUUCGGUGGCUGGCCGAGCAUGUCCAGGAACAGUCCUACCCUCGGUCAUUGAGCAAUUCUCAGCGGAGCCGAAAGCUUCUCCAACUCUGCAAGAGACGGGAAAGGGGCGAGCCAUUGCAAUACAUUCUCGGAUCCCAGCCAUUCGGGGAACUUGACAUCAAAUGCCGCCCAGGAGUGUUGAUUCCAAGGCCAGAGACAGAGGCCUAUACCACGCAUGUUGCAAAGCUGUUGCUGGAAGGACGUCUACACAAAGACCUCAAUCCUGAGAGGUUUAUGACCGGGACACACCAUGGCAAUGGGAAUCGUCCAGCGGACCUAAAAAUCUUGGAUUUAUGCUCCGGAAGCGGCUGCAUAUCCCUUCUUCUAUAUUCCCUCCUCUCCGGGAAAGUCCCCAACAUCAAGAUUCGUGGUUAUGAUAUUUCAGCUACGGCUCAUAAGCUAUCUGUUGAGAAUCUGCGCAAUGUUGAAAAGAACCAUUUCCACAAGUCAUGCCCAGUCGAAUUUCAUCAAAAAGAUAUCUUUUCCAAAGAGGAAGAAUUACAGAUAGAUCCUGAAUCAAAUUCAGUCGAUAUCAUCAUCUCCAAUCCACCAUACAUAACCUUGGACGGCUUCAACAAAAGAACAUCCCGAUCUGUUCGAAACUGGGAGCCAAAGACGGCGUUGGUGCCAACGCCGCGGGGCCCUGACGAUGAUGGCUUUUUGUAUCAUCGACUACUCCAGCUUCAUCAGCAUUUCUGUUCCAAAGUUCUGGUUAUGGAAGUCGCUGGUGAAACCCAGGCGCGAUUGGUAGCCGAUGCUGCGAGGGAAAUAUGUUAUCCAAGCAAUAGAAUUGAGAUCUGGAGAGAUUGGCCAGACCAAGAUUCUCCUGACCCGGACCAGUCGAUAAUACUACGCGAUGAGAAGAUUCCGAUCAGAGGCAAUGGCAAUGUCAGAGCCGUUGUCCUACUU